AUGGUGUCUUACCUCGUCACUACAAUCAAAUCUGUCAUUGCUGUGCGGAGUAAAAAGAAUGGCAAACUGCCCGCGAUUGAUCCAUCAGCGGAUUUUAUGUUUGGCAACCUUUUAGCCUUUUCUUUUGACACUCGUGGAUAUAUGGCACAUCUCAUAAAACGAUUCGGUCCUCAUGUACCUGUUCGGAUUCGAGUAGCCUCCGAUAGCUUCUACUUUGUUUCAGGGCCAGAAUAUAUCAUCAAAUUGUUCCGCGGCUCUCGGGAUCUUACUGCUAUUCCUGCCAUGGCUGCUAUCGUGGAACGAAUAUUCGGCGCUCCUCCUGAGGCCAGUUCUGUACUUUUGGAUGACAACACCGGAACCUCACCAAAACCACUGCCAAAUAGCAACCCUUUGCCCGCAGACCAACGUUAUCAUCAUAUCUCACAUCAAGCAUAUACUGAUAACCUCACUGGUGUGAGAUUAGCAGAAGUUGUAACUCGGUUCCUAACGAAUCUUAGCACAGAGCUGGAUAAAAUUGAUAUGGGAACGAACGAAUGGCUUGAGAUACCGGAUCUGUAUUCUUUUGUACAAAAUGCAGUAUUCAACGCUAAUACGCUUGCCCUUUGUGGGUCACAUAUAUUUGAAGUUAAUCCUACAUUCACCGAGGACUUUUGGAACUUUGAUUCUCAGGUUGGAGGACCACUCAAGGGUAUUCCAAGAUUUUUCAUUCCCGGCGCGUACAGAAUAAGAGGUAAAAUGGUCAAGAGUAUCCUUGAAUGGCAUCGAUCAGCAGAAGCACAUGUCGAUCAUAAUGACAAGGAACUUGAUAAGAAGUCAUGGGAGCCAUAUUAUGGCUCGAGGCUUUUCCGAGACCGAGCACGGCAUCUUUCUAAGAUUAACGGCUUCGGUGAUCAGGCUCGUGCGGCUAACGAUCUGGGUUUGAUAUGGGGUGCGAAUUCCAAUAGUGUUCCAGCAAUUGCUUGGUGUAUACUAGAUAUUAUUUGUCGUCCAGAUCUUCUCUCACAAGUGCAAGCUGAACUUGCUUCCAUUACAAAACUACAUCCAACUGCAAAUUUUGAUCAACAAAUGCCUGAUCUUCUAUCAAACCUCCUCCUCCAAUCGAUUUAUUGCGAGGAGCUGAGAUUACGAAAUGCCGCGGCACUUCAGCGUAGUACUGUCUCCUCAAAUUUUAAGCUAGGUCCAUGGAGAUUCCCCAAAGAAGCUAUGAUUCUAGCAAGUAUCUGGUUUGCGGGCCAUGAUAAGAACGUUUGGAAUGAAGGUGAAAACGGAGAGCACGAUGUUGAUAGUUUUUGGCCCGAACGUUUCAUUCUUUACCCCAAUAAUCCAUACAGCGGCCCAAGGAAAUCAGAUUCAGGUAAACAUCCAUCUGAAAAAAUCACCAAACCUAAACUCACGACGGACACGGUCAGCGGCUCCUGGAUCCCUUAUGGUGGUGGUCAGCAAAUAUGCCCAGGUCGAUUUUACGCAAAACAGGAAUCUAUCGGAAGUAUAGCGAUGUUUUUGUCCAAAUUUGAUAUUGAGUUGACUGGUGAUAGAAGGCCAGAGCCAGACUUUAAGUACUUUUCACUGGGAGUUUUACCUCCCAAGGGCAAGUUCCCAGCAAGAUUGCGCAGAAGGUCUGGAAAGCUUUCGGAGUAA